GUGCGUCCCGAAGGGAGGUCCACGAUCCUUGCCUGGGAAUCUGCUCUGGAGAGCACAUUCGCGGCAAUCCUCGGCAAUGCUAUGGUUGGCUUCUUGGCCCAGAAUGUGUUUGGAUACAAGCUUGAUGAGGACCACAAGGAGGCCGUUUCCGAUCCGGAGAGUCGUCGCGCACUGGGCAAGGCCUUGACUCUUACCUGCUUCACUCCCUGGAUGAUUUGCUGGUGUGCAUACAGCUUGCUCCACUGGAGCUAUCCCAAGGACUUGAAGCGCGUAAGGGACGAGAAGAUGAAAGACAAGAAGGAAGCACGCAUGAAGAAGCAACAGGAACGAGAGGAGGCGAAGCGGGCGGCCCGAGAGGCGAGCAAAGCACAGGACGGCGCUGCAGAAGCCCUUGAGCAGACGGUGGAUGCAAGUGUGGACAAAUCCAUUGAGCAGACGGCCGGCACUGUGAUAUCUGUGUGA